GAUUCAUACAUGGUGGGCGAGGCAGCAGGGAUUUGAGAGUUGCUUGUUGCUUACUUGCAGAACCCAGCAAGCCUGAAAUAGCUAAUGUGAGCUCCGAACAUAGUCGAGUCACUCUCUCUAUAAUAAUGGAGGAAGACAGGUUGAAUUCGCCCCAUACUUCAGCAAUCUCACUUGAAAUUUUUGGUCAUCAACUUCAAUUUUCUCAGGACCCCAAUUCCAAACAUCUUGGUACUACUGUCUGGGAUGCAUCCAUGGUAUUUGUCAAAUAUCUGGAAAGAAAUUGCAGAAAGGGUAGGUUUUGCCCUGCAAAAUUGAAAGGAAAACGUGUAAUUGAACUUGGAGCUGGUUGUGGAGUAGCUGGAUUUGGCAUGGCGAUGCUGGGAUGCGAUGUUGUUACAACGGAUCAGGUUGAAGUUUUGCCACUGCUCAUGAGGAACGUUGACAGAAAUACUUCAAGAAUCUUGCAAUCACAUCUUGGCUCGUCAUCAUUUGGUUCUAUGAAAGCCGCGGAGCUGGAUUGGGGAAACGAGGAACAUAUUAAAGCUGUUGAACCUCCAUUUGAUUUUAUCAUUGGGACUGAUGUUGUUUAUGCGGAGCAUCUCUUGGAUCCACUUCUGCAGACAAUAUUCUCCUUAUCAGGACCCAAAACUACCAUCUUGUUGGGAUAUGAGAUUCGAAACAUGGUUGUUCAUGAACAAAUGCUUCAAAUGUGGAAGAGCAACUUUGAGGUGAAAACUGUCCCGAGAGCAAAGAUGGACAAUAAAUAUCAACAUCCCAGUAUCCAUCUUUACAUUAUGGGGUCAAAGGCUCAACCACUCGAAGUGGAGAAAGAGGGCCAGCACCAUGAUGUAGAAGUCCCAGAAGUUGGAUCGACAGAUAAGCAUGGAAACGAUGAGGAUUCUGAGAGUUGCAGUGGAGUGGAUGAGUCAGAAGAUUGUUCGAGUAAGGAAGUUCUCGAGGACAGAAAAAUAGGAGCAGGACUUGAAGGCGGGAAACUUGAUGAUUGGGAAGCUAGAAGAUGUGGCGCUAUGGCUGCUCGACUUCUACGAGACAUCAAGAUUACUUAAAGCUUCAGACAAGUCGGAAGAGUUGCAAGCAAGUGCCAUUAUAUUCUAGCUCACUAGCCAGCUCAAUUUGAUGUUCAUUUAGGAAAAUGGGAUCCUUCGCGACUAUGUAGAAGACAACCUCCUCGGCAUGACUCUCAUAUGAAUUAGAGAUGAGAGCGGCACUGCCCAAAGCUUGCAUACAUUAGUGAUUAGUUAGCCAGAUGAGUUAUUAUUAUGUCACCAGUUGAAUGGGCCUGGACAUUUCAACAUUUCUGUGCUUCUUAGUCAACUGUUGUUUUAGCCUUUCUUGGUUCUACUCAUGGCAGCGGGAUUUUCUGCUGCUAUGUAGACAAAGUGUUUAAUCAGAAGUUGCAAGGAAAUCGAUGAUUGUGGUAAUGUAAGACCAAAAUGGGUAAUAAUACCCUGUUUUUUCUUUGCAUUGGCAAACUAUACAGGAACGGCUGAAUUUGCAAA